GUUUCUGUGAGUUUGUUGUUUUUUCAAAUCCCGUUUAGCGUUUGAUAACUGUAUUUUUUGAAACAAAAUAAAAAGUGCAAUGAAUCCCAGAGAGGUUUAAAACAGUGAACAUAAUGUGCUUUCGCAGUUUUUAUUCCAAUAUAAAAUUGAAAUGCUGGCAUCGGGAGGAUGACGAAAAUGUUGAACUGGUCAACCGAGUGCCGAUCAAUGAUCACAAUCAACAGGCGGAACACAGCCUACAGGCUGGCCCAUCCGUAGGUCUGCAUCAGCUGAAUGGAACACAGGAUGGGCUUCGAAACCGCUUCAAGAUGACGUACAAUAUUCAACUUCCUCCGGAGCAUACCUAUCUGGGAAAGCUGGAAAGGGUUGAAAGUGUGGACCGCUUUGAGCCCGGUUCGAUUCAUCGUAUCCCGGUCAGUGGCCACCAUUCGAUUGUCUAUCCAGGCGAAACCAUCCCGUUAAUACUGACCAACUCGUUGCUCGAUUUCGAUGGUCGAAACGAGAGCAGUCGAAUUGGUUUGGUCUUCUGGGAGUACUCGUAUAGAAAGCGGAUUUUCGGUGUGGUUUGCCAGGUGCGAGAAAAAACCCUUCGGGAAUCGGUAAUGGUUCUUAAAACAAUCGCUCAGCAACGAUUUGAGCUCGUACCGCAACCGGAUGGUGCCCUAACUAGAUCGGUUCAACGGGAAGGUCGAGCACAUUAUUAUGCGCAGGUUAAAAUUCUCCCCGAAGUUCUACUUCCGGAUCCUUUGGCUAGUUUCUGCGCUAGCAACAUGGUAAAGAUUAGCAAUCUCAAUCGUAACCGGCUGCUGGCUGCCCAGUCCAGUGUGUGGCCCAAGUUCGUCUAUGAUCAGUACGGCUCUAAUGAAGUACUGUGGAAGGUUAGGCGUUUUCUGGAGUUUCUUCAAAUCGAAUCCGUCCCGACGGACGAUCCGGUGAUGCUAUCCUUUUGGCUGGCGAGAAACAUUCCGCUGAGUGAUACCGACCGAAAGGAGCUGUUCUUUUCCAACUCGGUACUCUCCCGAAUGUUGCUGGUGAACAACAUUCUGGACUAUACAUGUGCAUUUUGUUGUAAGAAAUGUGACCGUGGGAUCGCCAACUACGCAGACAUGUUCGCCAUGUCGAAUCAGGGCGUCAGCAGCAGCUACUGCAACCCGUCCGGGUUUGUACACGAAACUUUGACAGUGUACCAAACGCUGCCGAAGGCGACUCGGACCACAACCAAGCCGUCUACGGAGUUUAGCUGGUUCCCAGGUUACUCCUGGCAGAUUUCGAUAUGCAAUGCGUGCAACAAUCACAUCGGGUGGAAAUUUAUUGCGACAAAGCGCAGCCUAAAGCCUCGCAAAUUUUAUGGGUUAUGCGGUAAAAGCAUUCGAGUGGCAUCCGAUCGGAAGUUGCAGAUCGACCAUGAACCGAACCAAAUGGUUCACGAUUCUAAGCCUAGUGCAGCCGACGACGAACGCUAGAAGUCGGAUAGCUUUUGCAGGAGAGAAGCGCGAGACUGGUCAAGAAGGAACAAUUAUGAGAUUUUCUCCAUCAUAGAAAUGAUUAGAGCAAAUUCCUACAGUUAAUCAUUAUUAUUAUUACAUUUUUCAUCCUCUACUCGUAGAUGUGUAUUGGUUUGAAACGUGAGAUUAAA